GUCAGUGUCGGGAUCUGUCGUUGCGUCCCCAGCGCUUGGGACCCUAAGUGGAGUCUGGGACCCGGGAAGGAAGGGGUGGACGUUUGGGUGCCAGAGGGUCUGUUAAGUAUCCAGGAUGAAUGACAGCCUGUUUGUCAGUUUGGACAGACUUUUGCUAGAAUUUGUUUUCCAGUAUGAGCAAGAUGUAAGUACUAAAGAAGAUAUGAUUCAACGAAUUAACAAAUGCUUUGAAGAUAUUAAAGAAAAUAAAGCAACUAUUUGUAAGAUACAGGAAAGUAUAAAUGCAACAGAUGAGGAAAUUGGCCAUUACUAUAAACAUAGUAAGGUGAUCAAAGACAACUGUAGUAACUGGAAGCCAACAUGUGAUGUUUUCCAUAAACAUGAAGACUAUAUGCAGGACCAAUUUACUGUUUACCAAGAAGCUAUUGAAAAAGACAAAAAAAUGUACCAUGGUUAUGUAUGUCAGUAUAAAGAUGUUCUUAAGCAAUACCAACUAAAAUUCUCAGAAACACCCCUUUCACAUGAAUAUUAUGAGAAGAAAAGAGAACAUGAAGAAAUUCAAAACAGAGUGUUGGCAUGUACUGAACAACUAAAAACAAAUGAAACUAUUUUUAUGGAAUUUCUAGUACCUGCUCCUUUCCCAUCACUUACUAAAUGGACAUUGCAUAUGGUUAAUUUGAGAUGUAAAACACAAGAUAUUCUUAAACAUGCCAACAAUUUUUCCAAAAGUUCAUCUGAAUUGAAGAAAGAAGUAGAUGAAGUCGAAAUAGAAAUUAAUUAUUUAAACCAGCGUAUUACAAGACUUUAUGAAACUAAGAAUUUUUCAGAAACUUUGGAAGAAAAAAAUAAAACCAUAGAAAAGAGAAAGGAAUUGAAAGAAAGAAUUUUUGAAAAAGAUGAACAUUUACUUAUAUUGAAUAAAACCCCUCAAAACAGUCAAUUAUUUCUUCCAUAUGAAUCUCAAAAAUUAGUCAGACCAAUAAAGAUGCAUUCUUCAGAACCAAGAGUUACAGAUAAAGAAAAAGAAAGUUCUGUGAAGCCAUCAAAGCUUGCCAAUAUUGACUUGAGACAAAAAGAAAAUGAUACACAAGUUGUAUAUGCAGAACAAUUGGGGAAGCCAAUAGAUAAUAAUAAGGAAGUAGAAGAGCGAGCUGAGAAUUUUCCACAAACUCCUGAAGUUCCUUUAUUUUUAAGAACUCCUGAAGCUGUGAAAACACCUGAAUCUUUGGAGAAAUUAGUGUUCCCUAAAACUCCCUCAUUUGAAAUAAAUAGAAAUAUAAUGCCUGAAGGCCAAACACAAAAGGAAUCCCCUGCGUUGUCUUUUGUCAUGAGUUAUGCUUCUAGAUCACCUGGAUUGAAUUUAUUUGAUUCUUCUGUAUUUGAUACAGAAACCUCAUCAGAUCAGUUUAAUGAACAUUAUUCUGCAAGAAAUUUAAAUCCUGUGUCCUCACAACAGGAAAUUGGAAACUUAUUUGGGAAACCAGAAGGAGAAGAUGCCUUUACAUUUUCUUUUCCAUCUGACUCUUCAGCUCAUACAUUUGAAGCUGGGAAAGAUGAUUUUAGCUUUCCAUUUUCAUUUGAACAGGAGCAAAACUCCGCACCUUUUUCUGCAAAAGGUUUUUCAUCUUCCUCACGAAAUACAACACAAUUUACUUUUUUUUGAACUAGUUUCUUGAAUUGCUUUACUAGUCUGUAAUUAUCUAGGGCAUAAAUUUACAUUAUUUAAAAUAAGAAGACUACUUUCUUUUGUUGAUUAAAGCAAUAAUGGGUUACCAUAGUUAUAUUAUUUGAUUAUAUUUGUUUAAAUAUGGAAUGAAAUUAAGCCUAUGUCAUCGAAUUUUGUUUUUAUUUACAUCAUUAGCUAUCAUUUGUCUUGUUUUUGAUUUUCCAAGCCAAAUUCAGGCAGAACUUUUAUUAGUCUUAACAGAAUUUGAUGCUGUUACCAUUAAUCUUUAUUGUAAAUGCUAAGCCUGCUUCUCCCCAGAACUUCAUUUAAUUCUGGUAGUAUUUUAGUUGCUUUGAUAAGAAUAAGAACUCCUUCAGGCCAUCAGACUUUUAGCAAUAACUGUAAAGAGUUAGUGCUGAGCUGUACUUGGUAAUUUAGCUAUAAACAAAUUACUGUUUUACUAUGAUUCCCUGUUGCAGUAUAAAGAGUGGUACUCCAAUAGUAAUCUCAAAUAAUUUAUGUUAUUGAUAGUAAAUAAAAUGUUAUUUUCUCCUAAUACAACAAAUAGUAAAAUAAUAAUUUUAUUCUAGUACCUUUAAUCGAAGGAAAUUUUGAAAAGCUAGAGUAAAU